AUGCAAGCCCUUCGCCUGGCACGCACCGCGGCCGUUCCUGUCGCCCGCCGCCGCUGCCUCGCCACUGCGGCCGCGCCGGGCAACCACGCUCCGACUCAUGCCCCGUCCUCGACCGCGCGCCAGCAGAGCAUGAUCCCCAUUUCAAACGUGGAGGCUCAAUGGGAGCAGCUGAGCGACGAGGACAAGUUGGUCGUGCACCAGCAGCUCGAGGAGCUCCAAAAGCAGGACUGGAAGAAGCUCAGCAUCGACGAGAAGAAGGCUGCGUACUACGUCGCGUUCGGGCCCCACGGACCUCGUGCUCCCAUCAACCCGCCUGGCACCGUACCCAAAAUCAUCGCGGGCGUGUCGGCUCUCAUUGCGGUCAGCGGCUUGGUCUUCGUUACCGUUCGCUCGCGGGCGCCUCCACCGCCAAAGACUCUCACCAAGGAGUGGGAAGAGGCUGCCAACGAGCGGGCAAUCGAGCAAAAGAUCAACCCUAUCUCUGGCAUCUCGUCAGAGGGUUACAAGGGCAAGGGCUUCGUU